AUGUUACCUCCUCAUCUCUUCAAAUCUUCUGUUAAUAUCAAACCUGAUCGUUCCAAUUUUACAUUGGAAAGGAAUUAUGAUCUGAUUCAGGAAUCUCUGAUGGAAAAACGUGAAAUUUUAAUUCCUGGCGAGGAAAUUGAAAUUGAUUCACAUGUUUAUUGUGUUAAUUUGUUUAAAGUAGCAAAUUCGGGUGAUGAAAAUAAAGUAGUGGAAACAGUUGAUGAAAAGAUGAAUUCGGGUGAUGGAAAGGAAUUGAUUCGAAAUAAGGAUCAUUUGUUCUUGGUUGACCAUUUGUUGCAUCAGGAAGAGUGUAAAGAAAUAUUAAAGAAGGAAGAAUCGUUGGGUUUCGAAUCAAUUACUUCUGAAUAUCCGGUUGAGUAUAGAAAUAGCAAGAGAAUUCUUUACAAUGACAAGGAAUUGGCUGCCAAGUUAUGGAAAAGAUUGAAAAAGUACAUGAUUGAUUGUAAUUUUAUGAAACCUUAUGGUUUAGACAGUGAAGGUUAUUGGAUUCCAAUAUCUGUAAACGAAUGUAUGAGAUUGAGCAAGUAUGAACCUGGAAAUUAUUUCAAACCUCAUACUGAUGGUCAAUUUGUGAGAAAUGAUGAUGAGAGAAGUAUUUACACAUUGAUCAUCUAUUUGAAUGAUGGAUUUGUUGGUGGCGAAACUAAAUUCAUGAGAAGAGUUGAUCCUCUCGCUGAAAAUGAAAUGAAAUUCAAGAAUUUAUGUGAAAUUAGUCCCAAGAUGGGAAGUGCAUCUGUGUUUAAUCAUGAUUUGUAUCAUCAGGGAUGUCUAGUAACAGAGGGUGUGAAAUACAUUUUAAGAACUGAAAUAAUGUUCAAGAGAAUUGACUCAGCUGAGCAAUUAGUGACUAAACAAGAUAAUGAUGAGAUCUAUAACAAAGUUAUGGAUCUUUUGCAUGAAAGCGACCAACUGGAAAGGAAGGGGGACACUUACCAAGCAACCAAACGUUAUAUAAGUGCACAGGAAUUAUUGAUCAAAAGUGGACAUUCAACUUCAAUGUUAAUGAAUCCAAAAUUUCUUUCUAAAAGGAAAACUCUCAAUGCUGAGAAUUAUUCAAUGAAGAGCUCAAUUUCUCGAUUACCAGAUGAGAUUAUCUCACAUAUUUGCAAAUUUUUGAAUGACUGGGAAAUUUGCAAGCUCAUUCUUCCACUCGACAGAUAUUUCAAUGAUAUUGGACGAAACUCACCAUUAUGGGAAUGGAUGUAUAUGAAAAAAUGGGGACAUUCUAUCACUAAUUUACUGAAACAAUUUCACUCAAGAAAUAUUGAGGAGCUUAGAAAUCUCAAUUCACAAGACAAUACAAGCUCACUUGAAGAAACACCAACUGAGGAGCAGGAUUGGUUCCAUAUUUAUAUCAUGAAACGAUAUUUUGAAAAGGAGUUUGAACCAAUUUGUGUGGAUUUUGGUCCUGAUAUGUAUUCCUUUACAUAUUUUGCAACCAUUAAUGGAGAUAUCGAAAGAGUUGUAACUAGACCCAUAAAAGGGGCCACCAGACAGUAA